CUUUGUGACACGCAGGAACAAGCGCCUCCCUCUGACCGUCUCAUAACAACAGCUGGCAUCUCUCGGAGUCUGCUGAGAGCUAGCCGAGCUCGGACACUCUUCUGCCUGGCUUUCCGCUGAGUUUUCACCGCCGCUGCGCCUCCAGCUUCCCACUGUCAGAGUCUAGCAGCACCGCAGGAAAACACCUCUUUCUCCCAGUUUGACACGGCUCACAGCGCAUGCUCAGACUAACGGACGGCCCUUUGAUUUUAUUCAGGAACUCGGAGACACUGAUACGUUUAAAAGAUGACGACUUCAUGGAGUGACAGAUUACAAAACUAUGCAGACCUGCCAGCCAACAUGGACGGCGUUGCCAUGAAGAAGUACAGGAGGGAGCCCUACCACAGAAUCUUCGUCAAUAGAAGCUUGGCAAUGGAGAAGAUCAAGUGCUUUGGUUUCGAUAUGGAUUACACUUUAGCGGUCUACAAGUCACCUGAGUACGAGUCGUUGGGCUUUGAGCUGACGGUGGAGAGGCUGGUUUCCAUCGGUUACCCCCAGGAGCUGCUCAGCUUCGUCUACGAUCCUUCAUUUCCCACCAGAGGCCUUGUGUUUGAUACCAUGUAUGGAAACCUACUGAAGGUUGAUGCUUAUGGCAACAUCCUGGUUUGUGUCCACGGGUUUAACUUCCUCCGAGGCCCUGAUAUCCGUGAACGAUACCCCAACAAGUUUAUCCAGAGGGACGACACAGAGCGCUUUUAUAUCCUUAACACACUCUUCAACCUGCCAGAAACCUACCUUUUUGCUUGUCUUGUGGACUUCUUCUCCAACUGUGACCGAUACACAAGCUGUGAAACGGGCUUCAAGGACGGCGACCUCUUCAUGUCCUACAAGAGCAUGUUCCAGGACGUUCGGGACGCGGUGGACUGGGUUCACUUCAAGGGAACGCUGAAGGAGAAAACUGUGGAAAACCUGGAGAAGUACGUAGUGAGAGAUGGGAAGCUCCCACUUCUCCUGAGCCGGAUGAAUGAAGUGGCCAAGGUUUUCCUGGCUACCAACAGCGACUACAAAUACACAGACAAAAUCAUGACUUACUUGUUUGACUUCCCCCACGGCCCAAAGCCCGGCACCGCUCACAAGCCCUGGCAGUCCUACUUCGACCUGAUCCUGGUGGACGCCAGGAAGCCCGUCUUCUUCGGGGAGGGAACCGUCCUCAGACAGGUCGACACGACCACAGGACAUCUAAAGAUUGGAACCUACACAGGACCUCUGCAGCACGGCAUAGUGUACUCAGGAGGUUCCUCAGACAUCAUGUGCGACCUGCUGGGGGCCAAAGGGAAGGACAUUUUGUACAUCGGGGACCACAUCUUCGGAGACAUCCUCAAGUCUAAGAAGCGUCAGGGCUGGAGGACGUUCCUGGUGAUUCCUGAGCUGGCGCAGGAGCUGCACGUUUGGACCGACAAGAGCUCGCUAUUCGAGGAACUUCAAAGCCUGGACGUUUUCUUGGCAGAGCUGUACAAACAUCUGGACAGCAGCAGCAACGAGAGGCCCGACAUCAGCACUAUUCAGAGACGAGUCAAGAAAGUCACGCACGACAUGGACAUGUGCUACGGCAUGAUGGGGAGCCUUUUCCGCAGCGGCUCCAGACAGACUCUGUUCGCCUCCCAGGUGAUGCGUUACGCCGACCUGUACGCCGCCUCCUUCAUCAACCUGCUGUACUACCCCUUCAGCUACCUGUUCAGAGCCGCGCACGUGCUGAUGCCUCACGAGUCAACGGUCGAGCACGCCCACGUGGACAUCGACGUGGAGUCGCCGCUCGCCACGCGCAACCGCUCCCAGUGCAACGACUGCAAGGACGUGGAGUGCAAACGCAACCACCUGACCCGCUCCUUCAGCGAGAUCAAGCCUCCCAACCUGUUCCCCCAGACGCCCCAGGAGAUCACGCACUGCCACGACGAGGAUGACGACGAGGAGGAGGAGGAGGAAGAGUAAUAAAACACCCUGCAGAGUUGAGCCAUGUUCCUGUUCCCCGUCGCCUUACGUUUCCUUAUAGAGUCGAAUGAUGAUCUCGAGACGGGAAGGAGAAACGCCUACUGUGUGCGUUUGUGUGUACUUACAUUUACUGUCAAUGUAAAUCGAUGCACAUGGACACGCAAACACACACACACUCGAGAGAUUUCUAAGAAAAAAAAAAAAUAUUCGAAGGACCAUUAGGAAGAAGAGAUCACACUCAUAUGUCAGAAGAAUAACACGCAUGCUCGACUCUCAAAUCGAAAAAA